AAAUUCCCCCUGACCGAGACCCCCCACCAGACCAGACCAGACGCCAAAAUGCCCCGCCGCGUCGGGACGACCUACUCCGGCCGCAUCGCCGCCGCGACGCCAUCACCUACGGGCCCCUCCCUCACCGUCACCGUCUCCCCAACUCCUCCCGCGACCCCCCUCGACCCGCGCGGCCACCCGCUCCCGCGCCGCCACCUCGUCUGCGCCGUCGCGCGCAUCCUGCGCUCCCCCGCCGCCGCCUCCCCGACCCCGCUCGCCGACCUCGCCGACUACCUGCGCGGCCUCCGCCUCACGCUCACCGCCGCCGAGGCCUCCGAGGUCGUCAAGGCGCUCUCCCCGGACCCGGCCCUCGCGCUCGCUUUCUUCCGCUUCGCGCCCGCCUCCCUCCCGGGCUUCCGCCACGACGCCUUCUCCUACAACCGCGCCCUCGCCCUGCUCUUCCGCACCAGGGCGGACCCCGGCGAGGCGCUCAGGCUCGUCGCCGAGAUGGGGCGGGACGGCGUCGCCGGCAACAUCUCCACGGUCAACUUGCUCGUCGGGAUCGGCGUGGAGGUGGCCAAGUGCCUCGACCUGGCCGUGAAGUGGGGGCUCAGGCUCAAUGGGUACACCUACAAGUGCAUUCUGCAGGCGCAUUUGAGGAGCAGGGAAGUCUCCAGGGGCUUCCAGGUGUAUGACGAAAUGCGCAGGAAGGGCUACAAGCUCGAUAUAUUUGCAUAUAACAUGCUGCUUGAUGCUCUCGCCAAGGCUGGCAUGGUUGACCAAGCUUACAAAGUCUUUGAAGAUAUGAAACAGAAAUACUGUGAGCCAGAUGCAUACACAUAUACUAUACUAAUUAGAAUGUCUGGGAGGGCUGGGAAGACCUCUAAAUUUCUCUUAUUCUUUGAUGAAAUGGUAUCAAAAGGAUGUGCUCUUAACCUUAUUGCUUAUAAUACUCUUAUCGAGGCUCUUGGUAAGAACAAGAUGGUGGACAAGGUAAUUUUUGUACUUUCCAAAAUGAUCAAGGGUGACUGCCAGCCAAAUCAAUUCACAUACAGCAUUACACUGGAUAUUUUGGCAACAGAAGGACAACUGCAUAGACUAAAUGAGGUCCUGGAUAUCUGUGAUAGAUAUAUGAACAGAUCAAUUUAUUCUUAUUUGGUCAAGUCACUUUGCAAGUCUGGGCAUGCCAGUGAGGCACACAAUGUUUUCUGUCGUAUGUGGAACUCCUGUGAAAAUGGAGACAGGGAGGCUUUCGUCUCAAUGCUUGAGGUGUUAUGCAAUUCAGGAAAAACAUUAGAGGCUAUAGAUCUCCUACAUAUGAUGCCUGAAAAAGGGAUUGCUACAGAUGUUAGCAUGUACAAUAUGGUCUUUUCAGUCCUCGGAAAGCUUAAGCAGGUAUCUUUCAUAACCAGUCUACUUGAAAAGAUGAAAGCUAAUGGGAUUGCUCCGGAUCUUUUUACAUACAAUAUUAUGAUAUCAAGUUAUGGUAGAGUUGGCUUAGUUGAUAAGGCAUCUGGAUUGUUUGAAGAAAUGGAAGCUAGCAGUUGUAAACCUGAUGUCAUCACUUACAAUUCUUUGAUAAACUGUCUUGGAAAAAACGGAGAUCUCGAUGAAGCGCACAUGCUUUUCAAAGAGAUGCAGGAGAAAGGAUAUGAUCCGGAUGUCUUCACCUACAGCAUACUGAUUGAAUGCUUUGGAAAAUCGAAUAAGGUUGAUAUGGCAUGCAGCUUAUUUGAUGACAUGAUUGCAGAGGGAUGCAUCCCUAAUAUUGUAACGUAUAACAUUUUACUUGAUUGUUUGGAGAGGCGGGGGAAGACAGCAGAAGCUGAUAAAUAUUAUGAAACUAUGAAGCAGCAAGGGCUAACUCCUGACUCAAUAACUUACUCAAUACUUGAGCGAUUGGAAAGUAGAUCUCAGAGAACAGUACGAAUAAGAAAGCCAGCUCGGGUUACAGGUUGGGUCGUCAGUCCGCUAAGAUGAUGGUGACAGGGAUGUGCUCUGGUUCUUCAUGUUGUGCUCCUAAGACUCUGUUUACAGUUGAACUGUAUCUCAAUGCUCCAAUGAUAUCAAACUAUAUGUUCAGUCAUUACUGAAAUUUUCUGGGUCCCUUCUUUCCUUUGGAACGAUAAGUUAGGGGUCACUUAGUCAGGCAUACUACACGGUUACUUGUGUCACACUUCUGAACAAAUUGUGAACCAUGUGCUGGAUAGGGAAUUGUGUAUAACUCAAAAUCAAUGGUUGUUCAAGAAAGCAAGGAAUCCCCAUUUCCAAUUCCUUCAGAUACGUGGGUUCUUGCAGUUAAAACUUCAAUAGAUACCGACAUAAUGACUGUGAGUGUAAUUUUGUCAUCCUAUUUUAUGUAACUGAGACAAGAUGGAAGAUCCAUGAUAUCAGAAAGAGGUAACUUGGUGACUGUUGAGAUUUGAUUAAA